AUGGAUUCUUCCCAAAGAGGUCAUCCGUUCCAUUCGAAAAAUUCUUGUGAGAUGUUGAAAGUGAAACCACUACUACCAAUAACUGUUGUUUUGGAACCAGUUCGUUCCAGUUUUGAGUCUCGAAUUACCAUUCCUAGAACUGUAGAACCUCCAAGGCCUCAGUUAAUCAAACCUACCGAAGAAGUGUAUCCUUCACUCGAAUGUUGUAAGUAUGAUUUUGAAAUUGCUCUGAAAUUGGUGGCACCUGCGGUGUCAUCAAGGAAUUUGACACGAGUUGAAAAAGAAGAAGAAAAAGUGUCUCAGUUGGGAAUGAAUUCGCCAGUUGUUGAGUCGUCAGUUUUGGGAUCGAUGUUGAACGAACUUUUGGCUCAAAAGACCAAAGAAUCCCCAGUUGUCCAAGAGGAUUCGGAUGCAAUUUCGAAGGUCACAAAUGAACAAGUUGAAAAUGAGGAAGAAAGAUUUUCCCCAUUGCAAAUGAACCAACCUACUAUUGAGUCAUCAGCUUCGGAAUUGGUUUUGAACGAACUGUCGGCCCAAAAGAAUAAGGAAUCAUUGACGGUCGAAGAGCAUUCGGACGCAAUUUCACCAAAGACUUCUCUUUUGCCUUCUGAAAAUGAUGUUGUUGAAAAUCCACAAUUUGAAGACGACGAUUUAUCUUUAAUCGAAACUCCAUUGAAUCCGGUAGCCAGAACGUCGAUUACAAUCGAACAAUUGUUUGCAGCUUUUCCUUUAACUCCAGCAAUUCCAAUCGCAAUGGAUAGCACUAAUGGCAUUCCAACUCCAGAUGAUAACAGCACGUACCUUCCUUCCAUAGAAAAGGAGCACUCAAUUUCUGAACAAUACAAAAUGUUGAUUCAAGAAGCUUGCUGCACUUCGGAAGCUGAGAAAGGAGAGGAACUGAAAGAUCCUUCCUUAGUGAACUUGGAAAAAAUUAUCCAAGAAAAUUGGUCGGAUUUGUCUAUUGUCAACCCAUCCGAAGACAACAAAGAAGAAAUUGCUCAUCAACCAAUCAGUUUUGGAGAGAAAACGGAUUAUCUCAGUUUUGGAAACGGAAUUUCAGAUUCUGCCAAUAUUGGAGCCUCAGAAAAUGUUGAAUCUGAAAACAAACUCGUUGAGUUUGUCCAUCAGCCGCAAGACAAUGAAGAAGAGCAUUUGGAGGAGCUUCAUUCUUAUAACUCAAACAAGAACAAGCCAGAAGUUGAAGAUGAAAGCGUUGAGCCCCUUAUGGAAUAUGCCAAAGAACCAACCCACGAAUAUACUCUAUCAGAUCAGGAAAAAUCUCUUAUCGAAGAAAACGAUAAUUUCUUCAAAACUGGACAAGACUCAGUUCUCGCUGAUCCGAAUCCCUCGGUGAUGGCAUGGUCCCAGAUUUUGAACCAAGAGCAGGAGCCUUCUGCUCCAGAAAUGUCUGUUCAAAGUCCGGCAUGCGAAAAUCCAAUGGUCGAAAAUCCAGAGAAUUCAAAUGAAUUCGACUCAUUGGUUGGAGAUUUUGAUAUUAUUGAAAUCGACGAUACUCGCGAGGAAGGUGCAGAUGUUCCAGAAACAAUGUAA